AUGAAUAGUGAGUUACAUGAUGCACGUGGGACGUACGGAGCGGAAGUCGCACCGGCAGUGGGUGGCGGACAUACGAAUGACCCCUGUGACCAUGGCUCUACCAGCAUAUCAUCUACCGGCUCCAAUGAGGACAUGUUUGACAGUUCCACCAGCUCCGAGGACCAGCAACGUCACGUACCAGAUGACGUCAACAAUAACGAGAAUGUGAACCAUGACGAGGGCGCACGGAGGUCCCGGAAGCGGAAACGUCCUGUUGCGAGUGGCAAACCCCCGUACAGCUACAUCGCCCUCAUCAGCAUGGCUAUCGCCAACUCCCCCGACAGGAAGUGCUCCCUCAACGACAUAUACAAGUUCAUUACUGAUCGGUUUCCGUACUACGCUGAUCACGGGAACCAGAAGGGUUGGCGAGGCUCCAUCCGGCACAAUUUAGCGCUGAACGACUGCUUCGUAAAGCUUGGGCGGCGGCCGGGUGCCAAGGGCCACGAUUGGGGUAUACAUCCGGACUACGAGGACAUGUUUGACCAUGGCAGCUUCCUCCGCCGCAGAUACAGGUUCAAGAAUGGCGUGAAGCGAGAACGGGGUACACGGACGAUUCCAGACACCCUUGCAAACCCGCAGUUUGGUUUCGGUAGCGCUCUCGAUAACAGCCACCCUAUGUUCGGUGGCAGCUGCGACUACAUGCAGUCGUCUCUACAAAGGACCGGUGACCACCAACCGUCGUCUCAGCGCCCAUUGGCAACCCUUACCGACAACGCAAACGCAUACGCAGCCUGGCCAUACCAGUUUAUGACGGGUUACAUCCACCCCAAUCACACACACGUCCUUCCGGGCAGGAACGAGGAACCAUUGUCUCCGAUAUCAGCACAUGAAAUGUCCUUCGCUAACAGUGAUUGCGCUAGUUCACCGGAAGCGAUGAACCAGACGUGCGCCCCGACCUACUUCCGCAGCAUAUCGCCCGUCUCAACCACUGGUCCCGUGCAACAGUCCGGUCACAUGAUGCCCCUGUCAACAGAGCGCCCGGAACAGCCAGUGGAACAGUAUGUGCCGCCCCCUCCCCCCUACCCCCUCUACAUGUGGCCGAAUUACGGUGGGCUCGGCUCCAGCAACUCCCCACCGGAUGUGAAGCCUGGGUCGCUCUACCAGACACAGCAGUACUAUGGGCAGGGCAUGUGGGGCAGUGUCAUGUGA